UGGCACGUCCUAACAAAGGAGAACAUUGCCCGUGUACGGAAGGAUGAAGCGCAGUACGAGGAAGAACAACGACAAAUCAAAUACCGAGCCAAACUUGCUGAACAAGAGUCUCGUACGGAGACCCUUCGUAAGCGAGGUUAUCGAAAACUGGCCACUUCUAGUGGUGGUCCACACGGAGCCAUACUUGUAGCCAGUAGUACCGAGCUUAUUCAAGGGAACAAAGAGUACGAAGCCGAGAAAAAAUCAGAAAAGGAGAAACAAGAGAAAGCUAUUGGCCUACUCACCUACCUCGGUCAGAGCGUUUUAGAAGCUGGUGGCGAAAAACCGUGGUAUGAUGUUCCUCCAAAGCAACUACAGUCUUCCACUGAGAAGUCCAGACUGAAGGACGAAUGGGAGGCUAAGAAGAAAGCCAGAGCCGAUCCAUUGACAGAGAUGAACAAGAUCACCGAAUGGUUUGAACAGAGACGCGAAGAAAAAGCCAAAGAAGAAGCCAAAGUUUUACAACGUGCCAACACGUGCAUUGCUGCAAUGCCGUCCCUGUUCCCCAAUGACAUUGCUGUUCCCAAAACGCUGGUUACUCAAGGUUUGCUCUCCGGAUGUCGUAUGGUUCAGAAUUGGUACCCCCGUGGUCCAACUGAUCUGAGUUCUGCGGAGAAAACUCAUGAUAAUGGGCAGCAAAAGUCGAAGAAAAAGCACUCUGCAGUAACAGAAGCAUCUUGCAAUUCGAUCACAGAGUCCGCUAGUGAAAAUACUGUGGCCUGUACGUCAGACGCCAUAAAGUUGGCGAAACAAGCAGAGCUGGAUCGCUUGCGCGCUGAACGGCUGCAGCGCGAGAGGAAAGAACGCGAACGAGCCGCGCUAAUCAUGGCAAAAGCUAUGGGUCUUUCUGAGGCACUUCAGGAACCCAAACAACUGGAAACUUCUGUGGACGAGCGUGAUCUACCCUUCAAUUCGGCCUUUAAUCCUGAACUAUCAGCCGCUCUGGCUGAGCGUCGUCGUCGUCAUCGCGAGUCGCGAAAGCGCCAACGCUCGCCGGAAUAACUUCAACUAUCGCUUGUUCAUUUAUCCUUCCUUAUUCACUGUCUUAUCAUCACGGCUUAUCAAGAUAAUUUGUGAAUUAUGCA